UGGGGCUCUGGUGGCGUGAUCUCCCGGACCCGGGCGUCGAGCACCCACACCCAGAAGGUUUCCUCCCCGACGUCGAGGCACCCGCUGCUUUGGGCAGUCUCUGCGCCACGCCCCUCUGGGUCCAAGCCAGCGGGAGUGAGCCCUGCUUUCUGACUCCGGCUGCCCCGGCGGGACUCCGCGCGCUUGGCCCCGCAGGAUCCCGAGCUCCCGUGCCCGCACGUCCUUCCCUCUUCUAAGAACAGGGCGCGGCCUCUGGGUCUCUGGCGGUUGGAACGCAAAUCCCUCCAAUCGCCCUGAUGGGCACCGGCAGCUCUAUGCGGCCACGGUGGCCGCUGCCGUCGCUGGUGCUGCUGCUGCUCUUCCUGAGUCCCGCGAACGCCCACUCCCAGGAGGACGAGGACGGCGACUACGAGGAGCUGGUAUUCGCCUUUCCCUCGGAGGAGGACGGCCCAGCCGAAUCGGCCCCGCACGUGGUCGCUGCCACCUUCCACCGCUGCGCCAAGGAUGCCUGGAGGUUGCCAGGAACCUACAUAGUGGUGCUGGGGGAGGAGAGCCACCGAUGGCAGACGGAGCGCGUGGCCCACCGCCUGCAGGCCCAGGCUGCCCGCCGAGGCUAUCUCACUAAGGUCCUGCAUCUCUUCCACGACCUCUUUCCUGGCUUCCUGGUGAAGAUGAGCAGUGACCUGCUGGACCUGGCCCUGAGGUUGCCCCAUGUUGAAUACAUCGAGGAAGACUCCUCUGUGUUUGCCCAGAGCAUCCCGUGGAACCUGGAGCGGAUCAGGCCUGCACACUACCAGGCGAAGGAGUACCGAGCCCCCAAUGGAAGUGGCCUGGUGGAGGUUUACCUCUUGGACACCAGCAUCCAGAGUGGCCACCGGGAAAUUGAGGGCAGGGUCACUGUCACUGACUUUGAGAGUGUGCCUGAGGAGGAUGGGACACGCUUCCACAGACAGGCUAGCAAGUGCGACAGCCACGGCACUCACCUGGCAGGGGUGGUCAGCGGCCGGGAUGCUGGUGUGGCCAAGGGCGCCAACCUGCGCAGCCUGCGUGUGCUCAACUGCCAGGGGAAGGGCACUGUCAGCAGCACCCUCGUAGGCCUGGAAUUCAUUCGGAAAAGCCAACUGACCCAACCCGUGGGGCCGCUGGUGGUCCUGCUGCCCCUGGUCGGGGGGUACAGCCGGGUCCUCAAUGCUGCCUGCCGGCACCUGGUGAGCACUGGCAUGGUGCUGGUGGCUGCUGCAGGCAACUUCCGGGAUGACGCCUGCCUCUACUCCCCAGCCUCAGCUCCAGAGGUCAUCACAGUUGGAGCCACCAAUGCCCAGGACCAGCCAGUGACCCUGGGGACCUUGGGGACCAACUAUGGCCGCUGCGUGGACCUCUUUGCCCCAGGAGAGGACAUCAUUGGUGCCUCCAGUGACUGUAGCACUUGCUUUGUGUCACAGAGUGGGACAUCACAGGCUGCUGCCCAUGUGGCUGGCAUUGUGGCCAUGAUGCUGACAGCUGAACCCGAGCUCACUCUGGCUGAGCUGAGGCAGAGACUGAUCCACUUCUCUGCUAAAGAUGUCAUCAAUGAGGCCUGGUUCCCUGAGGACCAGCGGGUACUGACCCCUAACCUGGUGGCGGCACUGCCCCCCAGCACCCAUUCAGGAGGCCUUGUCACAGGUGGACAGCUGUACUGCAGGACUGUGUGGUCAGCACACUCGGGGCCCACGCGGACAGCCACAGCCAUGGCCCACUGUGCCCCCGGCGAGGAGCUGCUGGGCUGCUCCAGUUUCUCCAGGAGCGGGAAGCGGCGGGGCGAGCGCAUCGAGACCCGAGGGAGCAGGCGGGUCUGUCUGGCCCACAACGCGUUUGGGGGCGAGGGUGUUUACGCCGUUGCCAGGUGCUGCCUGCUACCUCAGGCCAACUGCAGCGUCCACACAGCUUCUCCAGCCAGGACUGAUACGGAGACCCGUGUCCACUGUCACCAGCAGGGCCAUGUCCUCACAGGCUGCAGCUCUCACUGGGAGAUCUCAGAUAUUGGCACCCACAGACCAUCUGGGAUGAGGCCUAGAGGGCAGUCUGACCAGUGUGUGGGCCACAAGGAGGCCAGCGUCCAUGCUUCUUGCUGCCAUGCCCCAGGCCUGGAGUGCAAAGUCAAGGAGCAUGGGGUUGUGGGCCCUGCAAAGCAGGUCACCGUGGCCUGUGAGAAGGACUGGACCCUGACUGGCUGCAGUGCCCUCCCCGGGGCCUCCCUCAUCCUGGGGGCCUAUGCUGUGGACAACACUUGUGUGGUGAGGAGCUGUGACAUGGAUACUGCAGGCAAGACCAGUGAGGAGGCCACCAUAGCUACUGCCAUCUGCUGUCGGAGUCGGCCUCCAGGCCUGGCCUCCCGGGAGUUCCAGUGAAAGUCCAGGCCAGGAUGGACACCUGGGCAGGGGCCAGGGACUGGGUGCUGAGUGGACGAACAUAGCUCUACCAGCCUGGCCCUGCUGGCACUGGCCGGGAGUAGGGUGCUCCUCACCUGGGAGAACUCAGUGUCUCACCCUGGACCCUCUUCCCCAGGGAGGUGCCUGGAAGUCCCGCCUUCACAGAGGGGGCAGGGUGGGGCCCUUCACCCCAUUAUUAAAGCGGGUUAAGCUGCGCUCAGCUCUGCCGGAGGCUCCCAAGGUAUCACCCCCAUGCCCCUUGGCAGUUACCUUCUGUGGUGCUUUUGCUGGUGCCGGGCUCUUGGUCCUCCCUUAGGGGUUGGAUGGGGCAAGUAUCAGUCCGCGGAAGUGAGGGCGAGGGUGCUGGGCGCCCUUCACUGCCUGCUCUGAGAGAAGCCCUCUGGGCUCCGAUUAAUGAGGGGUUACUAUCCCGCAUCUCCUGCGGGUGGGACUAGAGCGAGAUCCAGCCACAGGCUGGAGACAGACGUGCCAGGUUACCACGCCGGGGCCGUGCUUCAGCUUCUCCCAGUGCCCUCACUCUGCUCCAUCUCAGGCUUCGUCACUGCCCAGUGUCACCUGUAGUGAGCCACCACCCCAGGACCGGCUUUUCAAUUUGCAGUGGCAGGCCACAUGGUACAUACCCCAGGUCACCUGACCCCCCCUACUACCCUGCACGACACUCCUGCUUUAUGGAGGAGGACACAGGAUCAAAGUGGGAGUGCCUGCCAGGCUCACACAGCCAGGAAGUGAGGUGCCAGGAUACAAACCCAGAGCCAGCUGGCUGGAAGCCAAGCCUCUUUUUGGUGUACCAGGCUGGACACCCCAUUUUUAUAGAGGACAGCAGGGCCACAAAGGUGAAGGUGCUGCUCAGUAUGGACAAGGGUCUCCACUGUGGCCUAGCGUGGAGGUCACCCAGUUGAGUAUAGCCCAGCAACUGUCCCUCCCUGAGCACUGCCCACCCAACCCAAGAAAGCAAACAAGCAUGUGUAUCUUUGGGGGCUCCUCUCUGUUGCCUUUAUAUAGCAAGGACCUUUUUCAGACCUGUUUUGCUUUUGUAACUUGAUAUUUAUUCUGGGUUUUGUAGCAUUUUUAUUAUGUGGUGACUUUGUAAAAUAAAGCAAUGUUGUCAUGAGUCUGGCCUGGA